AUGAUGUGGUGGAAGAGUGGUGCCGCUGGUGCGUUUCCUGCAGCUUCCUGUGCACUCGAUAUCCGACUUCCCGUCUCUGAGUUGGUUUUCCGAUUUGCGAUUGGAGAUUCGGAGCCAGAAGGGGAUCUCUGGUCAUGGAUUCACAUCCUCGAUCUUGCCAUGCUGGUCAAGUUCACUUGGUGCAUUGACAAGCGUCUGCUCAGCCUUGCCAGGUUGUCGCGCGAAGAUGUCGUGUUCCCGCGGGUGCGACAUCUUGUAUUGCGGAUCCAGAAUUCAUUGGUGUUAACCCACUCUGGCAUCGAGCAGCUGCCGCGCACCUUCCCGGGACUCGAACAGCUGUGCGUUCAGGUCAUCGAUGGGCCUUAUAACACAGAGAUGGCCUGCGAGCGAGCCAGCUUGUGUGCUUCCGUGUUUCUCCCAUGCACACCAUUUGUGAACAAACUGAAGAUUUGGAAUGAAGCUGCCGGGAGACUGCUGUUUACGCUCCAGCGCAUCGAGAGGUAUAUUCCGCCCACGAUAACUAACGUAGCAUUGCAGUCGGAUAAUGGCAAUUACUCCCUUUGGUCCGGGAUCCUUGCCUUCUUCCCGAACCUGCGCACCCUCGAUUUCCGUGUCAAAGAGUCCAGCGGUGAUUCUCGGCCAAGCGAGGCCCCUCACUUCCUCGCCAGCCUAUCGACCAUCCUUCCGCCCACUCUCGAAAGUCUCCGUGUCCAUAUUUGGUCCUCAAGGGCUGUCCUUCCCGGGGGGCAAACGGGAAGAGUGGGAUUGAGCCGUCUUCCAAGCGCGGAUGAGCUCCAGGCAGAACUACUGAAAGGGAGCAGGGAUGGGCUGCGACGGUCGAUUUGGCGUGGCUUGAGUAAUCCCUCACUUUUCGCUGGCGAGUCUGACACCCAGGGUGGCGGCCUCUACUGGGCGGAAACAAGCGGCGUGAAAUCAGCCGCGGACGGCCCGGAUGGCAAGCAGCAGGGCACAACCGGGGGGGACAAGUCGCUACGCGUGUUCAAGUUUUUCACGGUCUACUGCCCCCCACCGACGGCGCUCCGCCUUCCGCCAGACACCACCGGCCCGUUCGCCGACGCUGCAAUCGAUUCCCAUUCCACUCCUCUCCACCUGCCCCCAUGUCCUCUCCAGUCCCCGUCUUCGACGCAAAGCGAUGCCCUUCCGCCGGUUGGGCCCCAGCGGUCUGCGCGUGCCGCUCUUCUCUCUCGGCGGCUGGCUCACCCUCGGAGGCUCCGUCGUCGGCGGCAGAGCGUCAAGGACAUCAUGCAGGCCGCCUUCGAGAAUGGGAUCAACAUGUUCGACACCGCGGAGGACUACCAGAAAGGUGCGGCUGAGCGCAAAUGGGACACGCUAUCAAAGAACUUGGCUGGCGCCGCACGGACCUCGUCAUCUCAACCAAGAUAUUCUGGAGCCACGAGCCAGGCACGGGCCCGAACGACACGGGGCUGUCGCACAAACACGUUAUCGAGGGCACGAAGGCUUGUUUGCGACGGCUCCAGAUGGACUAUGUCGACGUCAUCUUCGCGCAUCGUUGCGAUACCACCGUUCCGAUGGAGGAGAUCGUCCGGCGCAUUUAACUAUGUUAUCGACCAGGGCUGGGCUUUCUACUGGGGCACCUCCGAGUGGAGCGCACCAGAUCGAGGAGGCGCAUCAUGUUGCCACGCGCUUAAACCUCAUCGCGCCCGAUCGCGGAGCAGUGCAAGCACAACAUGUUCCACCGCGAACGUCCGGAGAAGGAAUACGCGUGGCGUGGGCAACCAUCAAACUUCAGCAGUAGCUAAUGCUGACUUUGUAGCCCUUUGGCGGACUGCUGACGGGGAAGUACAACGACGGCAUCCCAGACGGCACGCGCCGCCACCGUGCCCAUGUUCCGCGGGGGCGACGGAGGGUCCCCAGGGCGAAGAGCUGCUUUGGAAAGUGCGUCUCCUCAGCCAAAUUGCUGCGGGUGCGUCGUUUCUCCCCGACUUGCUGAACUCUGGGCGGAACCGCUGGCGCCUCGCGUGGGUUGCGGCGCACCGCCACACUUCCACAGUCAUCCUCGGCGUGUCCUCCGUCGCACAGCUCGAGGCGAACCUCGGCGCGCUUGAGGUCCUGCCCAAGCUGGAUGCUGCGGUGUUGGCGCGGAUCGAGGCUGUGUUGGGUAACCACCCGCAGGAGCCGGAGACGUAUGGUCGCCCGCCGCUGGAUCAGGGCAUCCUUUGA